AUGUACGACGAAGUCUAUGAUUCAGACGACCUUCGCCCUACCACUCCUCCGCUCGAACAAGUCAAACCCGAUCUCCGGCCUCACGAAGAUACUCCUCCCCCGUUUCUUCCAGAGAAAAGCGAAAGCCCAAAAGAAAAGGAAAGUCCCUCUGGACGUGUCCGUAAGGGUUCUCACCGACGCUGGAAAGGCCGUGAAACAUCAAUAGGGAUCCAGCUAAUAAUCCAAAACUUAGACUCUAACCGGCCCGAUCUAGCAUAUCAGCUUAAAGAGGCGCCCCUACACUCGGAUUCGCCGUCUGAUACAAGUGAAGCUGAUGAUGGAGUGGAACAAGUACAAUCAGAAAAGCAUCGGGAUACCUCCACGAACGAUGUGCCUCCGUGCGCAAAUUCAGCAUGUGAGCUAAAGAGCAUGCCACCGGAUGAAGAGACAAAGGUUCAGCAAAGGAAGCCACAGGACCUUCUCAAUCUUUUGAAUAAUCAAGAUGACUGGGAAGAGCCGAACGAAUCGACUCAGAUUCACCAAGAACAAGCUUCUAGUGAGCAUGACAGAAUUCCAUACCGCAGCCGAAUGCACUCCCAGGAGCCAAAGUUCGGAUAUCAGUUGCCUAGGAUCAAUUCAAAUCCCGAAGAUCGAACUUUAUCAGGAAGAUUACCGAGACAGGAGGAACUAGCCCACCCAAGCCAUAAAGACCCUCGCCUUCCUCAAAGUUAUCAUGCCUCUCUCCCAGCCUUAUCUCCUCCGCAAUCCAUUGGGUCGCCGGAUUCUGGCCGAAAUUUACCCUCAAUAAAAACUUUAGUAGGGGGCUCUUUUGAAGAGCCCGCACGUUUCCCAACCUUGACAACGCUGGAGCCCCAAUAUAUCCCACCUUCAUUUCGCCGUGCAGCCACUUUCGGACACCUUUCGCCCGCUAGCUCAAAAGACUUGCCAAGCCUUUCGCUCAAGCCCAUUACUGGUGGACCGCAAAACACUAUUUGGGCACCACAGUUGAACGCUGAGUGCUCUCAGUCUCAGUCCCCUGGUGACACUAGCUCUCACUUUACAGGAAGCCCUGCUGCGGGGUAUCCUACGCCAGUAGAGCCUGGGAAAGAUGAGCCUGAAGAGCCAUUACCCUUUAACAAGCGUGUUAAAACUUCCACGCCCCAAAAUACAGGCGGCUUCAAGUGCGACUACCCUGGCUGUACCGCGGAACCGUUUCAGACCCAGUAUCUUCUCAACUCUCAUGCAAAUGUACAUUCCGAUAACAGACCAUAUUAUUGUCCCGUGAAAGACUGUUCUCGAAGUAAAGGCCGUAGGGGGUUCAAACGGAAAAAUGAAAUGAUACGGCAUGGCCUAGUCCAUGACUCUCCCGGGUAUAUCUGUCCAUUUUGUUCGGAUCAACAACGGCGUUAUCCUCGGCCAGACAAUCUCCAGCGGCACGUUCGAGCGCAGCACCCAGAUAAAGAUAAAGAAGAUCCAUUGCUACGAGAAGUCCUCUCCAUUAGGGUCAGAAGGUGUAGCCCGAGGUCGGCGCCGGCGGGCAUGAAUUUCCUCAAUUUUGUUGCAUUUUCGCCUUCACACUUCGAUGGUGUCAAUUUUGGUAUCUCACUUUUGGGCUAUCCCGGCAAUGCCAGGGUGUGGUUAUCGGAGUAA